AUGUUUCCUUUCAGCCAACAGGCGGCUCAAUCUGAGACCCUCACAUUCUUCACUCAGGAAGAGAUCAAAACGGGAGGUGUGGAAAAUAUUCAAGCUCUGCUGGAGAAGAAGGUGAAAGAACUGGACAACACCGAGCUGAACAUCGCCGUGACGGGACAGACGGGUGCAGGAAAAUCCACCCUCAUCAACGCCAUGAGAGGGCUUCGUAGCGAAGAUGAGGGAGCGGCUGCGGUUGGGAACAUGGAAACUACAAUGGAGCCAACCGGAUACUCACAUCCCACUCUGCUCAAUGUCCGCUACUGGGACCUGCCGGGGAUCGGAUCUACACGAUUCACCGCGGGUUCUUACCUGACGAAAAUGCAAUUUAAAAAAUACGAUUACCUCAUCAUAGUGUCAGCUUGUCGAUUCAGAGAGAAUGAUGCAAAUCUUGCCAAGGAGAUUAUGCGGCUGGGGAAGAAGUUCUAUUUUGUCCGCUCUAAGAUAGACGCUGACCUUGAUUCAAUGCGGCAUCAACGGAAGACAUUUGAUAAAGAUGCAGAAAUGGGAAAUAUCCGGAGUGACUGCGUCAGUCAGUUGGGAAAGGCCGGGAUCCCCGAUCCCAAUGUGUUCCUGAUUUCCAGUUUCAUGAAGAAUAUGUAUGAUUUCCCUCGGUUAAUGGAAGCACUUGAAUAUGAAGAACCCUGUCUUUGUCCUGGCCCUUCACAAACUCAGUGUGGAGAUUACAAGGAAGAAAGGUGA